GAUGGCUGUCAACUGUCAAAACCAAAUUGUCAGCCCAUUGUUUUGAAAACAUUCAAUAUCGUUGUAAUAAUUCGUUAUUGAUUUUUAAAUAGUUAGAAGAUUUAUAUUUACGCUUUAGUAAAAUUACAAGCACGAUAUUAUAAAAAAAUGAUUUGCAUAGAAUGUAGACAAAAUGCUAAGUACAAAUGUCCAACAUGCCGACAGCCGUAUUGCUCGCUUAGCUGCUAUAAAACACACAAAGAAAAUCCGUGUUCUGCUCCUACCCCAGUAGAACCAAAAAAUAUUAUAAACAAUCCCGUAGAAUACGAAUACCCCACUGAGGACACAGUGCCAAGAGAAAAAUUACAAUUAUUAGAACAAUCUGCCGAGGUAAAGAAGUGUUUAGAAAAUCCUUAUGUUCGUGAAAUGUUAGAAUUAUUAGACAAAUCUUCACAUCCAGACGCUCUGAUAAAAGAAUACAUGAUUGAACCAAUAUUUACUGAAUUUGCUGAUGCAUGCCUCAAAGUUGUACAGCCUAAGAAUGAUUUAUUUAAAGAAGAAUCUAACAUGGGAAAAAAAGAAGACACAGGAAUAAACAGACAGGUUGAUUAGAUCGGAAUGGAAUUGAGAUAAAAACACUUAGUAUGAAAAAAAACAAUAUACUUAAAGAAAAUCAGUUUAUUCAUUCACAUCAACAUCAAUGUGUUCAUUUCAAAA